UCUUUUUCGAGCGCGGGACGAGCGCUAGUUUAGUUUCCUGCUGGUCGUCGUGAAGUUUGGACGCGUGUGAGAAGCCGUUGGUUUGGAGUCGGCAGUACGCCAGUGAGUGGGUAUUCUAGGUGGAUAGAAUAUCGGUGUAGUGUGAUAAGCGCCGAAGUUUGGUGAGGGAAAGUCGUGAAAAAAUCGUGAAACGUACCUACAGGUUCUGCUGGCGAAACGAAAAGUGUAAUGAAAACAACGAACCAGCCGCGGCGAGUGAUUUCAAGCAAGCGUGAAAUGGAAGUGCACAGUGCGUGAGGGAGCGGAAGCACCACCCAACGUGAGCCAAAUAGUCGAUCCUGACGACGAGUGUGAUCGCGUCAAUAUUUGUUCGCGCGAGUCGAAGAAGAAUAGAGCUCUGCAAGUUGUGUGUGAUCGCUGCUGCUGGUGCUGCGAUCGGUUUGGUUCUCGCGGUGCGACGACGAAGAUCGUCGAGAAUAAUCAGCUGCGCGCUACUAUACAGUGAGUGGACAGAAGGGGGGCGACAGACAAAAAUGGCAACGAUAAACGACCCUGGACCCGUUGCUGCUGGCGGCGGCAGAAUAGUCAUCAGCGGUGGAAGCAGUAGUUGUUGUUGCAGUAGUGGUAGAUCGAACGAAGGCGGUAGUAAAGCCAGCAAAGUCAAUGCCAAAUCGCACCUGUUCCUGUCGGUGGCGCUAGCGGCGCUGGCCACGUGUCUUUUGGUGCCGCCGGUGCGGGGAUUCAACGUGGACACCGUGAACUACGUCCUGCACGAGGGGACGCCCAAUUCGAUGUUUGGGUUCAGCGUGGUACUGCACCAGGAGCAACAGCGAAGCUGGGUCAUAAUCGGCGCACCCACGGCCGAUACCUCGGCCUACCAGGAGGGCGUCGUCAACGGAGGCGCUGUCUACCGGUGUGACAUCUCCGAUGACAACCGGUGCAAUCUGAUUCCGUUCGAUUCCAAAGGCAACUCGUUCAACGACAAACACGAGCAAGUGGACACCAAAUCGAACCAAUGGUUCGGCGCAACGGUGGCCAGUGCCGGCGUGGACGGACCCCUGGUGGCUUGCGCCCCGCGAUAUGUGUUUCAUCAGUUGCAGCCCCGGAAGGUCGAACGAGUGGAACCGGUGGGAACGUGCUACAUCGCCCGGAACAAUAUGCAGCAGUUUGACGAAUAUUCGCCUUGCCGGACGAUGUACUGGGGUUAUCACCGGCAAGGAUCAUGUCAAGCCGGCUUCAGUGCCUCACUGACUAAGACUGGCGAUCGAGUAUUUGUGGGUGCCCCCGGAAGCUACUACUGGCAAGGACAAGUGUAUUCCAUUAAUACCGGCGCUGUGUUCCCUUAUAAACCCCCGCGAUAUGGUCAGUUUGGCGAAGGAGGUCAGAUCUAUUCGUUCAGUUUGAACAACCCCCGGGAUAAGGUCUACUCGACGGGCGAGAGCACCUCAUCGGAGGACGAUUCCUACCUGGGGUACUCGUCGGCGACCGGUGACUUCAACGGGGACGGAACGAUGGGCGUGGCCGUGGGGAUGCCCCGCGGCGGAGGGCUACUCGGCAAAGUGCUGAUCUUCUCGUGGAACAUGACCAACCAGCAGAACAUCACCGGCGAACAGAUCGGGGCUUACUUUGGGUAUGCGAUCGCCGUGGUGGACGUCGAUGGGGAUAAGUUGGACGAUCUGAUCGUGGGGGCGCCGAUGUAUACGGAGCCGAACACCGAAGGGAAGUACGAGACGGGGAGGGUUUAUAUCAUCUACCAGGACAAGAUCAACAAAUUCCAGGAGGUGGAAACGCGCGACGGCGUGAAUUCCAAGGCCAGGUUUGGGCAGUCGGUGUGCUCGCUCGGGGACAUCAAUUUGGAUGGAUACGGAGAUUUCGCCGUUGGUGCCCCCUAUGAUGGAGAACAGGGAAGGGGAGCGGUUUAUAUCUUCCACGGGUCGGCGAAUGGUCCUCUGGCGAAGCCAUCGCAGGUAAUUUUUGCUGAAGACAUAUCCGGGACAUCGAAAAUUUCUACCUUCGGGUUUUCGGUGGCUGGAGGUAUCGAUCUGGAUGGUAAUCAAUAUCCAGAUAUGGUUGUCGGAGCUUAUGAUUCGGACAAGGCUCUGGUGUUCAAAUCCCGACCAGUAGCAGUGAUGGAAGCCAGCACACUGUUUGAAACCGAGAACAAAUUGAUCUCGCUGGAGGAUCGCAACUGCACUCUUCGUGAUCGUAAGCAGGUCCCAUGUACGGUCGUUAAUUCGUGUAUGAAGUACAAUGGCAUCAACGUUCCACCUACGUUGGAUAUUGAAGUGUCCUGGGUAUUGGACUCGAAGAAAUCACGCAAUCCUCGAAUGUUCUUCAUCAAUGAAGAAGGUCGCAAUAUCCGCAACCAAUCGGUGAGGUUGUACCGCGGAAAGUUGGAAUGUAAGAGCGAACGGGUCUACAUAGCAGAGAAUAUCCGAGACAAGAUCACUCCCCUUGAAGUGGAAAUGAAAUAUAAUCUGCGACAGAGUAGCUACAGUCAACAGAGAAGACGCAGGGCUACCGUCGAGCCGGUUUUGGAUCAAAACAAAGGAACUGUUCAGAAGGAUUCAAUCAAUAUUCAGAAGAACUGUGGCCCAGACAAUGUCUGCAUACCGGAUCUUCGUCUGCAAGUCAACAUGGUUGAUGAGUAUCUGCUUGGAUCGGGCAAACAUCUUGGAAUCGAUGUUCUUAUUUCCAACUUUGGUGAAGACGCCUUCGAAGCCGGGUUCUACAUGAGCAUACCUUCGGAACUAAACUUCCGUCGUGUCGAGAAGGUUGGCGAAAUCAAAGAUACGCCCAUUCUCUGCACGACACCCCUGGGAGCUACCAAUGGAACUCUCAAGUGCGACAUCGGUAACCCCCUAUCCAGCGGAAAGGUCGUCAACUUCAAAGUUCUGCUAUCUCCUUCCAUCAAGGUUGGCAUGGCGCCGAGCUACGAUUUUUACAUGGAAGCCAACUCCACCAACCCCGAAGUCGAUGGUACGCACACUGACAACAUUUUCGAGAAGAGCGUCGGAAUCACUAUCAAAACAGACCUAUCGAUCUCUGGAGUUUCGCUUCCGGAAGAGUUCAUCUACAACUACACCGAAUACAGAACGAUUGAAGAGGCUGAAACCGAACACCACUUGGGUCCUCACGUGGUUCACAUCUACGAAAUCCGCAACGAAGGUCCAUCGACCAUCGAUGAGGCCGAAUUUUACGUCUUAUGGCCUUACGAAUCCAAUGACGGCGAAGCACUGAUGUACUUAUUGGUGCCGCCGGAAACCAGCGGUAAUAUCAAAUGUCAACCGAGCAGUUACAUCAACCCGCGGGAUCUGGCCAUUGAGAACCCCCGCAAAAGCUAUCUUGAAAAGGUGGGAGCAUCGGCUAGUCAUCACGAGUCGGCUUCGCGAACGGAAUACCGUGCCUCUGGGGCGUCAAGUGGUGGAUCAUUUUCCGGAAUAACUCGCCAGAAUACGCAUACCAGUUCGAAUUCCGGUUCGGGAUCAGGAUCUGGUUCAGGCUACUACAGCGGCUCCAGUUCUAGAACCGGCUCUAGCUCUAGCUCCAGCUCCAGCUCAAGUUCAUCCUCUUCGUCACGUGGUGGUGGAUCAGCAACAGCCGCAGGCGGUCAUCGAGAAGUGGUUCUGACAGACACAGACCGACGUCGCCUGGAUGAGGAAGAAAAUCAGGAAUCAACUGGAGAUGCUUCGUAUGUCCACCGACAGCGGGCCGAAAGUGCCUCGGCGCAGGCUCAUUCACAGUAUGGAAGUGGAUCCGGCGUUGUCGCCAACGAGCACCGAUAUGGAGGACGUGGAGGAGGCAGCGGAGGAUCUUCCCGCGAAUAUACUUACUCGAGUAGUUGGAAUUCAUCGAGCGUGAAUGGAGGUCCUGCGGUGACUUACAGUGCCAGUCGCAACCGGACGGUUCAUCGUGGACAGGAUGGGCGCGUUCAGGUUUCGGAGAGCAGCACAGAGCAUUACGGGAAAUCGGUAGCCGCGUUCGCUGGCAUCGGCGCUGGAGCCGCUGUUGAUGGGCAAGCCAUAUACAAGGAGGACUUCAGCGAUAUCUACCGACAAGAGGAAGCCGGUAGAAGUUCGUCCGCGUCCGGAAGUGGCUCGCACCGAACCGAAUCCGGAGGAUAUCGACAGAGUGCAAACAUUGACGCCUCACGGUCUUCUGGUUCAUCAUCUUCGCAUCAUGCCAGCAGCGGCGGUUCAUCUUCCUCGUCCAGACAGGGAAGUGGAAUCUACAAAAGUGAAUCCGCUCGCUCCGAAGACGUAAAUCAGGACAUUUCCGAUCUGAGUUCACGGACUCACACGGUGGUGCACAAUGCCGGAGAAUCCAGCGUGGCGGGAGCCUCGUCCAGUGGGCGACGACGCAUGCACAGCCAACAGGAUGGCGAACCGGCUCGGCCUGAUCUGGUGACCGGGAUUUCAACGAUUGAACGUGUCGCACAGGGCCGAGGGGGAUACACAUCGGGUACGCUGGAUUUGGGAACACUCAACCGUCAGAACGUCGACGAGGAAGUUCGGCGGAGUGGUAGUGGAAGGAUAUCGGGUUCAGGUGGAUCAGGCUACGAAUCUCACAGCAGCUCUGGUCAUCAUGGGCAACAGCAGGGCGGCUCCUCAUCGUCUUCGACCACUGGAGGAAGUUCGUCGUCCUCUUCAUCGUCGUCGUCGUCUUCCAGUCGAACCUAUUCAAGUUCCUCGCAUGGCUCGUCAGGAUCCAGCCAUCAUAGUCAACAAAGUGGAGGUCAACAUGGUCAGGAAUACACUCACAAUCAGCAGAGCUCAGCAUACGGAGAUGACGGAGACGACUACGUGGACGAGUACGAUGAAUACUACGAACACAACACCCAGAGGACUUACGACCCCAACUAUCGCCAUCACUCGAGCGGUCACCUGAACCAGGGCCACGACAGCGUGGACCAGAAGUUUAAGUACUACCAGCACUUCGAUCGCCGCCAGCGGCGGCAAGUCGUCAGCGGGGAGGACGAGAACGAUCGAGCCCUCAACGAUGCCCUCCAGUGCCGGGCUACACGUUGCGCCAUCAUCCGCUGUAUGGCCGGUCCGAUCGGAGACAAGGACGUAGCAUUCAUUGCGCUGCGGUCCCGCGUGGUUGCGCACACGCUGCACAAAAUCUCCUCCGGGACGGCGAUCAACUUCUCCACGAUGACGGUGGCCCGGGUCACCCGGUUACCGUACAUCGGGCGACCGAAGGAGAUGCCCCUGAAGACGCACGAGAUCCAGGUGAUGGCCACGCCGGAGCCGACUCCCAAGCCGGACGUGGUGCCGCUGUGGAUCGUGGUGCUGGCGGCUUGCGCCGGAACGGUGAUCCUGCUGCUGCUCAUCUACCUGCUGUCGAAGUGCGGUUUCUUCAACCGAAACCGGCCCUCGGACUCGCAGGAACGGCAACCGCUGAACCGCAACGGCAACUACCACGGUGACGAGCACCUAUAAAACGACCAGACUACAUUAGAUGAUGCUUCCGAAACUCUCAAACGAUGAGAAGACUAAACUAAUAUUACGGGGCAACAGCAGCAGCAGCUAAUCCAACGCGCUUAACUUUUGAUGCAAAAGUGUCGGCGACGAAAUAUAGAGAGGACAAACUGUAGAACAGUCGGCUCUCUAUUGUUCUGGGACAACAAAUGAGAUUAGGCGGUGCAGUGUUCCCAGAGCGGCCCCAAUGGACGACAGGAGGAAGAUGAAAAAAAAAUAUACUGAUGUUUCGAACUCGAAUAGAGCACGAGAUCCGCUUGGACUUAAGCAUGUAUGUAGGUAACUUAUUUUGAUUUUUAUUUUCAACUUCGACGAAUUCAAUUCGAAGUCUGCCAUUAGAAAGAGAACAGAGACAGUAUAGAGAGUUUAGUAGCAAUAUAGAUCAAAGGUAUUUAAUUAUUAUUUUUCGUUUUAAAUUGCGAUGAGACUCAACGUCUUGUCAAAAACGAGUGUUGAGGAAACUGUCACUAGUUGCGAAUGUUUAUUUUAAUUUCUCAUUAAGGUGUAAAACUAACUAGUCAAUUCGAUUGAUUUACUCUUUUUAACUCACCGCUUGUAUUUGUCCCCCCUGAUGAUAGAACUUAAGCAACAUAAUACAAUUAAUCUCAAUUUACCUUAUCAGUAGUGCAAUUAAAAUCAAAAACAAACGACAAAUCAUUGUGAGAGUGAAAGCGGAACAUUACAAAAUACUUACAGCAGGCACGUGGAGCCGAAUAUUUGCAAAGCAGCUACUAUUUUGCAGCUUUUCGCACUCGAUGAUGACGGUUGAAAUGGUUCUCAAACGGCAGCUGUUCCUUGUGGACCGCUACAACAGCGCAGCCAUCGAUCGAGCGUGCAAAAACUGAACCAAGUAGGCGGAACCGACCCCUGGUUCCAUCGUGCGAUAGUUAUUUAUUGUUUAGGAUUAGGAACGAAGAAAUGUUUUUGAACUUUUCCAUUAGUGAAAGCAAGUGCCUAAAUUUUUGUGAAUGAAAAUCGUUAGAGGAAGUUAGUUUUCUGGAGAUGGAAGUUGGUGCCAUGGGAAGGAUACAAUUGUUGAAACUGUUGAUGUUUCGUUGUUUUUUAAUGUUGGGAGUUUUUCGAAGAAACUAAUCCAGCUAAGGUAAAUUGUGUACAAUAAUUGUGUCAAACUGUAAAUUAUUUACUUAAUAUAGAUCGAACCAUUUUGAUAGAUAGAUUUUUAUCAAUGAGACAUUAUUCGUUCGGCGACUUUAGGUUUAUAUUUUCUCUCAGAAUCUCUUUUUCUUUGAUAUCUUUAUAUUAACGUAAAAUGAUCUUCGUCGUUGAAUGUGUAAAUAUUAAUUAUUUUAUUUUAUGAUAGCGAACAAAACCGAAUGAAUGAACGAAAAUAAACCAAUAACACCUGUAGAA